UACCAGAGCACUUUCACUGAAACUUCGGAAUCACUGAAACAUAUCAAGUAUAUAAAACAACAUUGGGAACAAUGCCAAGUUCAAAUUUUCCAAAAUGCUUCUCGCGUACGGUUUGACAUUCCUGCAGACGUUCUUUCUGUUAUUUCCUUUAGCAAAGUGCAUGAACGACUCCAUUGGUGACACUUUCCGGCAGUGUUUGAUAUCCCAAUCGCCGGGAAAUUUGGGACAGUGCUUGGGAGUCGGGGCUAUAAGUAGAUUGCGAAGUUUGGAUAGCAGUGCUGAAUUCGAUCUGGUGGAUGGUUUGACUUUAACGAGAGACGCUCAGGAAUACCGGGAGGCUUACAACUUUGAAGGAAAUCCUACGAAUUUGAGAGGCAUCAUCGACUCCUUCAGCUACGUAUUCUCCAAAAGAAACUUAAAAUGGAACAUGGGAUUUCUCUAUCCGGGUCUAUUGAUGCACAUCGCGCCAUCUGGCCAUCCAGGCGGUACACUAGAGUUCGUUGUCGAUCCUCACAGAGAAGCGAUCAAUGCCCACACUCUGAAGGAGGUCGGCACCGGGAGACUACUAGCUCGUCAGUUUCUUCUGCCACUCCUCUUAGGAUUCAAAUUCAACGUCGUCAGCAUCAUUCCGGUGCUGUUUGGCGUCCUAGCACUAAUAGCAAAAAAGGCUCUUGUAAUCAGCAAAAUAGCAUUAGUUGCUUCGAGUGCAUUUGCUCUGGGAACACUUUUAUUUGGAUCAUCUGGGUAUGGACAAGGUUAUCCUAGUCAGCACUAUACAACAGGACAUUUUGGAGGUCACGGAGGUCACGCAAGUCACGGAGGUCAUGGUGGUCAUGGAAUUCUCGGGGGAGGACAUUUUGGUCACCAGGGUCACGGAGGAUUUCACGGAUACACGAAGUAUUCUGGAGAAGAUGAAGACUAUCCUGACACAUUGUUGAGAGAAACUAAUAGACCUACUAUGGAUCAGUUGACUGUGUUUCCAAACGUGGUGACAUCACCUGAUAGUAGUAGUCGCGUAGAUAUAACCAAAGGAAGAAAUUUCGCCUGGAGCGAUGCUGAAAAGAAAAAGAAACCAAAGGAAAUUUGA